AACAUUUCUUUCAACUCGUUCCAUAUACAUGUGCAAUAUAUCGAACGCUCGAUGAAGGACAAAGUCUCAUAGAACUUCGAAGAGACGCGAAGAAUUUGAGUGCUUCGGUCCUAAUCCUAAUGUAAACAUUGUAAACACUAAACACAAAGGAAAGAAGUAGGGAUGAACAACCGGCAACCGGACCAUAACACAGCAGUGUAGCGUGUAGCGUGGCGAAUGGCGACACUGUCUUGAAACGUCUAAAAUCUAAAAUCUUUCUAGUACACAUUUUUAUGUAUUUUCCAUUUCGGAUUUCGGAUUCGGGCUUUGACUUUGCCUCGUUAUAAUAGAGUUCCAACAUCUGAGAGUCCAAGAUUUUUGUGUAAAUCCAUCACCAUAAAUCGAUAUCGCUCUCAAGUCGCCUUUGCGGUAUUGUUAGCAUUCGUGAUUCUUUCGCGCACGGAAGAAAUAGCCGAGUUUCAUUUGCAAUAAAAAUACACCCGGCAUAUUUCGAGUAUCGAUAUUUUUUUAAAACGAAAAAAAUGGUUUUGUCAACGGACAAAGAUGAUUACGUAACGUGUCCUUUGGACAAGGCACAUCGUAUUCUGAAAAGCCGACUGCAAUUUCACAUGGUACGAUGUUUAAGAAAUCACACUCUCGUGACAAAGAUACGAUGUCCGUGGAAUCCUCUCCACUUCGUCGAGCGAUGCGAAUAUUUGGACCAUUUGACCAACAAAUGCACAGACUUGGCAAAUGUGAUGGGUUCAAGAAUUGUUACAGAAGAGCAUGUAGAUGUGGCAUCGAUACCUGUUGGUACAGCCAACAGAAUGCCGAAUUCAAAUACCGAAGAUUGGGACGCAGAGCCAUUCGUGGCGACCUAUGACCCGCUAAAACGAAUCAACGAUCAACCCAUUUUACGAAGUAGCAUAGGCUUAUCCAAGGCUAAGAAAAAACAAUUUAAGCUUCAGGAACGCAGAAGACAUCAGCGGCUGGAGGAAAUGCUACCGAUACAAAAUAAUACAGCUGCCAGAUUCGUUGAGGAAGUCAACGCAGUUCAACCACCUCGGACUCCUUACAGUCAACCAAUCGCAAUGUCUGCCACCGCUUCAAUAGCCAAAAAACUUAAUUCCAGCAAAAUUUCUGAGAAUUUUGAAAAAGGCUUAAAUCAGCCAGAAACAUUGAGACAGCCGCAUGGAUUAAGUCCAGGGCUGUUUUACAAAGUGGAUAAGAAAAAUGCAUCCAUGGGGGAUAAGAAGACGACAACUCUGUGUACUAGUCAAUCUGACACUCUUCCUGACGAUGAUACGAAAACCUGCGUAUCGGACACGGGCUCUCAAAGUCCCAAAAUAGAAGCAAUUCAAGGGGCUAUAAAAAAAUCUACUAAAACACCAGAAACGCAUUUCGCUUCUGUCUUGUCUGAAAUGAUCGAAAAAUCAGACGACGAGUCUAUCAAAAUCAAAGAAAUCGUUUUACAAGAUGAAGCUGCUUGUUUGCCGCCGGAAAUUAUAAUAUCACCUGAAGAUGAUGUUGAAAAGCUCGCCGAAGAAUUGGCAAAUCUUGAGACAAUGGAGAGAGAAAUUAAGGAGAAAAGAGCCAAAGUUCUACAAAUAAUGUCGAAAGAUUCUUAUGAGUAUGAUGAUGAAACCACGAAGGAGAAUAAUCCAGGCAACUGUAACCAACAGAAUGAUUUGAAUAAAAUCAAUCGGAAAUGCGCGGCAGGAUUUGGCAACUUGUUACAGGAGGAAAAUCUGCCGAAGUCCGGAUUCGGGCGUGGUGUUCCUUUGAAUUUGGCAGCUUUUGAAAAUUUUAAACUAAACGGGAAUACCGAAAACUAGCGUGUAUCCGCCAAUGCAGUCGAUUCUAUUGUUCAGAAUGCUAAUCGGUUCGGACAAUAAGAGUUUUGCUCACUGGUCAUGGUUUUUGACAACUUUUUUUUCGCAUUUCCAUCAUUCUUUCGAUUUUUUCAUUGCAAGUAAUUUCGUAUAUAAAAAAUUUUCUUGGAAAAUGAUUUUUGUAACCGGUAUCUGAAAACAUUUAUAAAUUUAAAUAAGUUGAAAUAUCAAUUCGGAUUCGGAAGAAUGAUUGUAUCAGAGCUAUUUUUCAUGUAAGAUCGCGUGAAUAGUAUAAGCUUGAGUAGUUUCACUGGAAAAUCAGUUUCUUUUUAGUAAGACCUCGCAGUUGAAAAAAGAACUUGAGAAUAAUUUUCGUUACCGAUACGUAGAAUUCAAAAAAUAAUUUAAAAAAGCGGGUUACUUUGAUUCCAUGAGAAUUCUGUAAAAAAAAAUGUAUCACUAGUUUCAGUCACAAAAAUUAAGUUUUUUUUUAUUUUAUAGAAACUAUUUGAGUUAUGGCGAAAGUUCCUUUUCCUAAUAUUCUAGGCUAUGUGCUAACUAAAGCUGUAACCAAAUAUCAAGGUGUUUCUAUAUUUCUCAGCAAUUUGCCAUAUUUAUGAAUGACAAACGUUCAUAGGUUUACAAACCAAGUACUUUUUUUUGUAGGCUUAAACGUAUUUCUAAUGAUUUACUUGUGAAUAAUUAUUUCAGUUUAAUUCCAAUGUAGUUUCAUUUAAUUUUAUCCAAUGUAGAAACCAUUAUAAUUUUGUGAAUUUACGACGGUAUUGUAUAUCUAUAAUAAUAAAUAUAAACUACGUCAUCCUUGAA